AUUCUACAUGGUGUCAGAAGUGACCCGGACCAUCGCCGGAAUAACGCCAUAAGGGAGAAAACAACAGAAUGGCUAAGUUUAAUCCCCCGACAAGCUUCCCCUUCGAUAAGCCGACGGAAUGGCCCGACUGGAAACAGCGUUUCGAGCGCUACAGGAUCGCAACGAAACUCCACAAAGACGAAGGACAAGUACAGGUGAGCUGCCUAAUCUACGCGAUGGGAAAUGAAGCAGAGAACAUUUACAAGUCACUCACCUUCGCCGCCGAUGAAAGUCGUGACGACUUCGCCGUCGUAAUGAGGAAGUUCGACGAGUAUUUUUUCCCGCAGCGGAACACUAUACAUGAAAGAGCAUGUUUUCACCAGCGAGUCCAGCGGCCAGGCGAAACGGCGGAGAGUUUUAUCCGAGCCCUGUAUGACCUCUCAGAGCACUGUGAGUUUGGUGCAUGUAAAGAGGAAAAUAUCCGCGAUCGUAUUGUGGUCGGGAUACGAGACAAGGACCUCUCCCGCAGGCUACAGCUGAUGAAGGACCUCACGUUGGCGCAAACGACCCAGAUCGUCAGACAGUCAGAGGAGGUCGCAGCGCAGGUCAGCUUGCAGGGAGAUGCGGGAGGCUCAGUACAGGAGGUACGGGAUAAACGGAAAAGCAUGGACUGGAAAUCACAACAACAGCGAGGCAGGCUACCCGCGGAAAAAAAAUGGGCGGGGCGUGACAAGAAAUGCGGUAAAUGUGGGAAGACACAGCAUGCCAGGGAUGAAAGGUGCCCGGCAGCAAAAUCUGUUUGCCAUGGCUGCCGAAAAAUUGGACACUGGGCCAGGGUGUGUCGUAACACCAGAUCAGUGAAUGAGGUUACAGAGACAGAGAAAAGCGAGCAGGCCUCAUAUUUUCUAGGCUCAGUGUGUAAUGCAAAAGGAAAUAGUGAAGCAUGGACUGUGCAGUUACUGCUAGACUCUGCCCCAAUAGAAUUUAAGAUUGACACAGGAGCAGAUGUCACUAUCAUAAAUGAAGACACGUUCCACACACUUGCUCAUAAGAGAACACUAGAGCCUUCUAAUCUCCCUCUAGAUAGCCCCGGAGGAGAGCUGUUAUGUCUCGGCUACUUAAAGGCCACAAUAAGUUAUAAAGGCAAAGACUACCUGUCCAAGGUGUAUGUGGUUCGUGGACACAGAGUCAGCAACCUUCUCAGCCGCUCCUUGUCAGUGCAGAUGAACCUGGUGAGAAGAAUUGAUGAAGCAACGAUCACACCCACCAGGAACCAACCACUUUACGGUGAACACGGAACACUAAAAACUGAGCCAGUCAAAAUUCAGUUAAGGGACGAUGCUGUGCCAUACGCGGUGCAUACGGCACGCCGUGUGCCUUUCCCCAUGCUGCAGAAAGUGAAGGAGGAACUACAAAGAAUGGAGAACCAUGGUGUCAUUGAGAGGGUGACCCAACCUACCGAAUGGUGUGCCCCAAUGGUGCCUGUCUUGAAGAAGAACACAGCAAAGGCCAGGAUCUGCGUCGAUCUGACAAAACUGAAUAAGUCUGUCAAAAGAGAGCGCUAUAUCUUGCCUACCCCUGAGGAAACCAUGUCCAGGUUGAGUGGGGCAACGGUCUUCUCCUCGCUGGAUGCAGCCAGUGGAUUUUGGCAGAUCCCAUUGCAUCACGAGAGUUGCAAACUAACGACAUUCAUCACGCCAUUUGGCAGGUAUUGCUUUAAGAGGCUGCCCUUUGGGAUAACGAGUGCACCAGAGAUCUUUCAGCGAAAGAUGUUGGAGACCUUAGAGGGGCUCGAAGGUGUGGAGGUCUUUAUGGAUGACAUCCUGGUCUAUGGGGCCACCAUGGAACAACACGACACCCGACUUGAGAAGGUGCUGCAGCGCAUUGAGCUAGCAGGAUUGAAGCUCAACCGAGAGAAGUGCUCCUUCAGACAGAGCCAGCUUCGCUUCCUAGGGCACCUGAUCGACUAUUCUGGGGUCAGGCCAGACCCUGAGAAAGUGAACGCCAUUCUUCAGCUGCCGUCACCAGAAAAUGUGCAAGAGCUUAAACGGAUCCUAGGAAUGGUUAAUUACCUGGGCAGAUAUAUUCCUGCUCUUGCCACAAGUAUGCCAGCCACUCAGGCAGCCUUCGAGAACAUUAAGAGAGCGCUUACAUCAGCACCUGUUCUUGCCUUCUAUGACGUCAACAGACUCACAGCCGUAUCUGCCGACGCCAGUAGCUACGGGCUUGGGGCUGUGCUGCUUCAGCUUCAUGGCGCAGAGUGGAAACCUGUUGCCUACUGCUCUAGACGCCUCACGGAGGCUGAAACACGCUACGCACAAAUCGAAAAGGAGUGUUUGGCAAGUGUUUGGGCCUGUGAGAAGUUUGAUAAGUAUCUAUGUGGCUUAGAUCGCUUCAGGCUUGAGACCGACCAUAGACCUUUGGUGCCCCUGGUCAAUAGCCGGGACCUUGACAAUGUUCCAUUGAGGUGUCAACGCCUCCUGAUGAGGCUCAUGAGGUACAAGCCGGAGGCCGUCUAUGUCCCUGGCAAAACGCUUGUCAUCGCCGACACGUUGUCACGGAGUCCACAGACUCGGGCUGAGGAUGACACUAGCACUCACAGUGAAGUGGACUGCUACAUAGCCACCGUGUUACAGGGCAUUCCAGCAUCCCCAAGCCGAAUGGAAAGCAUUAAAGCAGCCACUGCAACGGAUGUUGAACUACAGACUGUCAUCACGUACAUACGCAGGGGUUGGCCUGCAUACGGAGCUAGUGUGCCAUUGAACAUUAAAGCGUACAUGAAAGUGAAAAACGAGCUAUCAGAGGCUGACGGCCUGGUUAUACGAGGCUGCAGAAUUGUCAUUCCAAAGUCACAGAGAACAGCCAUUCUACACAAACUACAUGAAGGGCACCAAGGCCUCACCAAGUGCAGGGAUAGGGCUAAUUCAUCUGUGUGGUGGCCGGGGCUCUCCACUGAGCUAAAGAAUGCAGUGCUGCAGUGCCACACAUGUCUGGCACAGAGGCCAACACAGACAAGGGAGCCGCUCAUCUCCACACCUUUGCCAGAUCGUCCAUGGCAAAGGAUAGCCCUGGAUCUCUGUGAACACAACCGGAAUAAUUACCUUGUUGUGUCGGACUACUACUCACGUUUUCUGGAAAUACUGCACCUACCAUCCACGACCAGUGGCCAAGUUGUUCAGAAACUGAAGUCGACCUUUGCUAGGUUUGGGAUCCCUGACGAGGUGGUGAGUGACAAUGGCCCUCAGUUCUCCAGCUCUGAGUUCCAGGCCUUCGCGAGAGAGAUGGAUUUCGCCCACAUAACGUCUAGUCCCCACCACCCACAGGGAAAUGGUCACGCGGAGAGGGCAGUACAGACUGCAAAGAAAAUCCUCCGGCACAGAUGA